AUGGAGUGCGAUGAGAAAACUAAUCAUGUCGUUAGCCUUGACCUAAGUGAGAGUUGUAUUUAUGGGUCGAUCAACUCCAACAUCACUCUCUUUCGCCUUGUCCAUCUUCAAACACUUAAUCUUGGAAGCAACGACUUCAUCCACUCUCAAAUCCCAUCCGAAAUAGGCCAACUCUCGAGGUUAACUCAUCUCGACCUUUCUUUUCCUGGCUUUUCUGGCUUUUCUGCCGAAAUCCCAGCUGAAAUCUCUAAUCUUUCAAUCUUGGUUUCCCUUGAUCUAUCUCAUAAUCUUGAUUUCAUUAGUUCUGAUGGAUUAUUGAAGCUCCGUCAGACUAGCUUCAGAGGUCUAGUUCAAAACAUGACCAAUUUGAAGGAACUUGAUCUAGAAUGCGUGGACAUUUCUUCAACGGUUCUCGCAAAUCUUUCAUCUUUGGAGUCUCUCCAUCUUUGUGGUUGUGAAUUGCAUGGUGAAUUUCCGGCGAGCAUUUUCUCGCUUCUGAACUUAAAGAUAAUCAACUUAUGUGAAAAUAUAAAUCUAACAUGUUUUUUGCCUGACUUCCACCCGAGAAGUCACCUUGAAAGAUUGAGGCUCUUCUCAACAAGUUUUUAUGGAAAAGUACCUCCUUCUAUUGGAAACCUUACUAAUCUUGUUUGGCUUGACCUCUCAGAUACUCUACAUAACUCAACUUCUUCACUCUCUUGGAUUGGAAGACUCACCCAGCUCACUUAUCUGGGGCUUGCUGCCUGGAGAGAUGAUUGUAAAUUGAGAAUGAUUAGCAUCAGUUACAAUCAAUUACAAGGACAAGUUCCAAAAUCAUUAGCCAAUUGUUCAUCGUUACAGUUGGUUGAUUUUGGUAACAACCAAAUAACUGAUACUUUUCCUUCUUGGUUGGGAAAUCUUGUAGAGUUGAGAAUUCUGAUUUUGAGAUCUAACCAUUUUUAUGGUGUGAUACAUCAGAAACCAAAAACCAAAGGCUUCCCAAGUCUUCGAAUCAUCGACUUAUCCGGCAAUGGUUUCAUCAGAAAGCUGCCAUCGCUGUACUUAGACAUGUGGGAAGCCAUGAAAUCCAUCCAAGCAAACCACAUGACAUACAUGGGGGAAAAUAUAAGGCCCAAUUUCACAGACGUUGAUACUUACUAUAGGGAAUAUGAUUACUCAAUGACUAUGUUCAACAAAGGAGUGAAACUGGAAUACGACAAGAUUCAAGAUAUUUUCCUUGCCAUUGAUCCCUCCAACAACAGAUUUCAAGGAAAAAUCCCAUAA